GAUCCGCGCGCAGCCCUCACGGCCGGGGGGCGCGGUGAAGCGGCCGCCCUGAGGGGAGGGGGGCGGCGGUGAUGCGGUCCCGUCGCCGCUCCCUCCGCGCUGCCCCCGCCACACCGGGGGUCCCCUCAGGGUCGCCCCCCGGUUGCCACCGCCGGGGUGAGGAAGGGGCGGUCGCGUCCCUCCUUCCUCCCUUCUCCCGGUGCUGCCGCCCCCUCCUCUCUUUGGCGGCGCUGCUUCGCUGGUGGGCGGCCAUGUUGGGCACGGGGAUUAUUUUUCGCUCUCUUUCUUAGCCACCACAAUACGCCGGGGGUGGCGGGGGGCUUUUCCCGGAGUUCUCGGGAGAAACGGCCUUUUCCCGGUUUUCAGGGGAAGUUACGGAAAAGGGGGGGGUCUGUGGCCAGCGGUUUGCAGGGUGAGACCACCCCCCCUCAUCAUCCUUGGCCUGCUGGUGCUUCACCUUCGCUGAGUGAGUCCCCCCUCUCCACGGGCGUGUGGAGCCCCUCGGCCGCAGGGAUUUGGGACUGGGAUCCCAGCCCUCUCCUGGCAGUCCUGGGGUUCGGGUCCCAACCUUCUCCUCAGGGAUCUGGGAUUAGUAUUCCAACCUUCUCCUGAGGGUGCUGGGAUUGGGAUCCCAGUCCUCAGGGAUCGGGGAUUGGGAUCCCAGCCUUCUCCUCAGGGAUUUGGGGUUGAGAUCCCACCGCUCUCCUCAGGGUCCUGGGGUUGGCAUCCCAACCCUCUUCCACUGGGUCCUGGGAUUGCCAUCCCAUCCCACUGGAUUUGGGAUUGGUAUAUCCCAGCCUCCUCCUGAGGGUCCUGGGGUUGCUAUCCCACCCUGAGGGGUCUGGGAUUGGGAUCCCAACCCUUUCCUGAGGGAUCUGGGAUUGCCGUCCCACCCCUCUCCUCAGGGGUUUGGGAUCACCAUCCUGCUCCUCUUCCUCAGCCUCUUCCCAGGCUUUCCUUGCCCUGUCCCUGUCCCAUCCCUCCGGUGUCACCCUCAGGUGACAGGAGCGGCUCCAUCCCCUCAUCCCAACCGGAUCCAAGCAGGAAAAGACAAGAAAACUUCUCCUCGUUUGCUCCCCUGCCCUCAUCCUGACAAACCCGGCAUCCCAAAACUCUGGGAGAAGGGAAUCUCCCCACGGCUUGCUCAGGACCGCAGGAAUUCCCUCCCUCCAGCAGGAUUUGGAAUUUCAUCCCCCGAGGCUGCAAAUUCCCGGUGUUUGAUGCCAUCCCGAGGUUUUCCAGGAAUUCUCUCUGGCUGGGAUGCGCCAGGGAGCUGGAGAGGGAUGGAUCCUGCUUCCCAAAGAUAGGAUUUUAUUGGGAUUCACCUGAUCCCAGUGGGGGCAGAGGAUGGGAGGGAUCUGCUGCUUCCUUCGGGAAAUAUUUUUCCCAGGAUCCAGGAGUUAUUCCCAUUCCCUACCCUGCUCUUCCGUUUUUCCUCUGGUUAAUUUUUAUUUUUAUCCCUGCAUAAUUUUUCUUUAAAUCCCGUAAUUAUUGGAAUUCUCUUCCCAGUGCUUCCCACCCUGGGAAUUCUCUCCGUUGCUCCAGUCUAGAAUUGUGGAAGAUUUUCCUUCCAGUCGCUCUAGAAUGGGGGAAAAAAAUGGGAUUUUGGUGUCCCCCAUCCCACAGGCAGAACCAUGGGAUGUUCUGCCUCUUCCCAAAAAAAUCCACACCUCCAAGCCUCUGGAAGCUGGGAAAACAAUCCCAAAAAAUCAGGAAGUGGUUGGGUUUCCUCGGCUCUGAGGUAGAUAAAAAUCACCGUAAUUAAAGGUUAAUAAUAAUUAAUAAUUACAUUUAAUUAACAGCCAGCGUGGCCUUCCCUCAAACAUCCAGGAAUUGGGAAAAUCCUGGGAAGUGUGAGGUCAGUUUGGGAAGCAGAAAGCAAAUCUCCCUUGGCCUGGAGGUUGGGAUUUCACCCUUCUCCUUCCUAUCCAUAUAGAAAAAUCAGGAAAACCUCAUCCAAAGUGGAUUUUCAUUAAUUAAUCAGAUUUAAUUUGUGUUAAUUAAUCAUGAAAAGCCAUUAAAGUGCUUUAUUUUGGUUAUUUCCAGCACCUUUGGGAAUUUUUCUGGUGGGAAUUGUUUGGAUUUGACCCUCAUGGGGUCUUGGAAAUGAAAUUAUUUUUCCUUGUUGAAGGCAGAUUAUCAAAAAUCAGGGAGAAAAUCAGUGGGGAAAAAGGGAAUUCUUGAGGAAAACGUGGAAUUUGGGAAAAUCAUGGAGAAAAGUGGCUGCUCAGGAGGGAAACUUGGACAUAAAAGUUGAUUUUUGCCUUAAUUUCUCUCCUAAAACAUUCCCUGGAACUUCUCUGUAGGAUCUUAAAUCCCAGUUUUGGAUCUUAAAUCCCAAUUUUGGAUCUGCAGUCCUAAUUUUAGGAUUUUUCCUGGAUUCUCAGGAGACCAUUCCAGAGAUUUCCCUGGAAAAAACCAGGGAUGAUAAACCGAAGAAAUACCCUGGAAUUCCUCGGUGGGAGAGGCGAAAUACCCCGAUUUUGAGUCACUCCCAGGAACUUUCCUCCCAAAUUCCGUGGAUUUCCUUGGGAAGAAACAGGGAUUUUAAACCUUAAUUGGUUUUUUCCUUGGAGUUUUGGGAACUAAAACCAACCCAAAAGCCCUGGUCCUCUUCCUGCCCUUGGGAAAGGCAUCCCUGCGAGUUUCCCGCCGACGGUUCCCGCUUUCCCCCUUCCUGCAGCAUGGCAGACACGGAUCUUUUCAUGGAGUGCGAGGAGGAGGAGCUGGAGCCAUGGCAGAAGAUCAGCGACGUCAUCGAGGACUCCGUGGUGGAGGAUUACAAUUCCAUGGAGAAAAAUCCCACCGGCGGGAACGCCGUUGUCCAGCCGGGCGGGCAGUCGCUGCUGCUGGCGCAGAGCGCCCCGGCCGGCCUGGGGGCAGUGGUCACUCAGCCUCUGCUGCGGCCGGUGCAGCUGAUGCAGAACGCCAACCACGGCACCAACCCCCCCGCGGGCACCCAGCCCAUCUUCAUCACCACCCAGGGAUUCCCCGUGCGGAACGUCCGGCCCGUGCAGAGCCCCAUGAACCAGGUGGGCAUCGUGCUCAACGUCCAGCAGGGCCAGACCGUCCGGCCCAUCACCCUCGUGCCAGCCCCAGGUACCCAGUUUGUUAAACCAGCAGUUGGCGUUCCCCAGGUGUUCUCGCCGGUGGCCCAGGUGCGGCCGGGCAGCGCCGGCCCCGGCCGGCCGGGCGCCAACGCCUUCGCCACGGUCAUCCCGGCCACGCUGACCCUGCGCAGCACCGUGCCCCAGGCCCAGGCACCCCAGCAGAUGAGCAUCGCCAGCUUCGUGACGGUGAAGCGGCCGGGGGUGCCCGGCAGCGACGGCGGCGGCGGCACCGAGGUGGCCAAGAUGGUGAACACCCUGGGCACGGUGCCCUCGCUGGGCCACAGCCCCGCGCCCCUCGCCGUGCCCAACAGCAGCCCCGGCGCCCAGCGCGGCACGGCCGCCGAGGCCUCGGCCUCCUCCGCCUCCCUCAAAGUCAGCUCCUCCCCCAUUCCCAACUUCGACUUCCAGGACGGAGGCCGGAAGGUUUGUCCCAGGUGCGACGCCCAGUUCCGCGUCACCGAGGCGCUGCGGGGACACAUGUGUUACUGCUGCCCGGAGCUGGUGGAAUUCCUGAAGAAACGCAAAUCCCUGGAUUCCGAGCCCGCCCCGCCCUCGGCCAAGGCCCCGUCCCCGGCCCAGGGCGCGGCCCCGGCCCCGCCCCCGACCCCGCCCAAGGCCGCGCCCGAGCCCGGCGAGGCCGGGGCCGACCCCGCGCAGGCCAAGCUGAUCAUGCUGGUGGAUGAGUUCUACUACGGCAGGGACGGCGGCAAGGGCGCCGCGCUGCCGCCCUGCCCCAGGGUGCCCACGUCCUUCCGCUGCCCGCACUGCACCAAGCGCCUCAAGAACAACAUCCGGUUCAUGAACCACAUGAAGCACCACGUGGAGCUGGACCAGCAGAACGGCGAGGUCGAUGUCCACACCAUCUGCCAGCACUGCUACCGCCACUUCAACACCCCCUUCCAGCUCCAGUGCCACCUGGAGAACGUCCACAGCCCCUACGAGUCCACCACCAAGUGCAAGAUCUGCGAGUGGGCGUUCGAGAGCGAGCCGCUCUUCCUGCAGCACAUGAAGGACACCCACAAGCCCGGGGAGAUGCCCUACGUGUGCCAGGUGUGCCAGUACCGCUCCUCGCUGUACUCGGAGGUGGACAGCCACUUCCGGCUGACCCACGAGGACACGCGGCACCUGCUGUGUCCCUACUGCCUCAAGGUCUUCAAGAACGGCAACGCCUUCCAGCAGCACUUCAUGAGGCACCAGAAGAAGAGUGUUUAUCACUGCAACAAGUGCAGGCUGCAGUUCCUGUUUGCCAAGGACAAGAUCGAGCACAAACUGCAGCACCACAAAACCUUCCGCAAGCCCAAGCAGCUCGAGGGGCUCAAACCCGGCACCAAGGUGACAAUCAGGGCGUCCCGGGGCCAGCCGCGCUCGCUGCCGCUCUCCUCCGCCGAGAUGUGCCACGGGAUGUGCCCGGAGCCGGCGCCCCUGGGCUCCUCCUCGGACCCCCAGCCCCUGUUCCUGUACCCCCCCGGCCACCGCGGCGCCCCCAGGAGAGCCGGCAAGAAAACCAGCGCCCUGGGCCGCCAGACGUGCCUGGAGUGCAGCUUCGAGAUCCCCGACUUCCCCAACCACUUCCCGACGUACGUGCACUGCUCGCUGUGCCGCUACAGCACCUGCUGCUCCCGCGCCUACGCCAACCACAUGAUCAACAACCACGUUCCCCGGAAAAGCCCCAAAUAUUUGGCUUUGUUCAAAAACUACACUGCCAGCGGGGGUGAGGCUCUCGUGCUCCUCCUGUCUCUUCGUCACCUCCGAGGGCGACUCCAUGGCCAAACAUUUGGUGUUCAACCCCUCCCACGAGUCCAGCAACAUCAUUUUCCAAGGGCCUUCUUGGAUAUCACAUUCCAGGCACAGCCAGGACCCGCAGCCCCCCUGCCCUGCCCCGUCCCCGCCUCCCCCUCCAAAACCCCAACCCCAAAAACCCCAAACCCCGCAGCCCCCCCAGGCACCCCCCAGCCCCCAGCCCAAACCCCGCCCCAGCCAAAGCCCGAAGGGGACGAGCAGGACCCGGCCCAGCCCGCCCCAGCAACGCCCCCGCGGGAGGCCGAGCCCGGCCGCAAGGAGCAGCUCUCGGUGAAGAAGCUCCGCGUGGUCCUGUUCGCGCUCUGCUCCAGCACGGAGCAGGCGGCCGAGCACUUCCGCAACCCCCCGCGCCGCAUCCAGCGCUGGCUGCGCCGCUUCCAGGCCUUCCAGGACGACCAGCCCGCCCUGUCCGAGGGCAAGUACCUGAGCCUGGAGGCCGAGGAGAAGCUGGCCGAGUGGGUGCUGACCCAGCGCGAGCAGCAGCUGCCGGUCAACGAGGAGACGCUGUUCCAGAAGGCCACGAAGAUCGGCCGCUCGCUGGAGGGAGGCUUCAAGAUCUCCUACGAGUGGGCCGUGCGCUUCAUGCUGCGCCACCACCUGAGCACCCACACGCGCCGCGGCGUCGCCCACCCGCUCCCCAAGGAGAUCCAGGGCAACGCCGGCGCCUUCAUCGAGUUCGUGCAGCGCCAGAUCCACACCCAGGAGCUGCCCCCGGCCAUGAUCGCCGCCGUGGAUGAGAUCUCCCUGUUCCUGGACGUGGAAAUCCUGGGCAGCGACGACCGCAAGGAGAACGCGCUGCAGACGGUCGGCAACGGCGAGCCCUGGUGCGACCUGGUGCUGACCGUGCUGGCCGACGGCAGCGUCCUCCCGGCGCUGGUCAUCUCCAGGGGCCGCCUGCCCUCCGCGGCCGCCGUGCCCGACUCCGUCCUGCUGGAAUCCAAGGAGAGCGGCUACGGCGACGACGAAAUCAUGGAGCUGUGGGCGGCCAGAGUGUGGAGGAAGCACACGGAGUGCCAGCAGGGCUCCAAAGGGAUGCUGGUCCUGGACUGCCACCGGACGCACCUGUCCGAGGAGGUGCUGGCCGUGCUCAGCGCGGCCGGGACGCUCCCGGCGGUCAUCCCGGCCGGCUGCAGCUCCCGCAUCCAACCUCUGGACGUCUGCAUCAAGAGAUCCGUCAAAAACUUCCUGCAGAAGAAGUGGAAGGAGCGAGCCAAGGAGCUGGCGGAUUCCGGCUGCGACUCCGCCGCGCUGCUCCAGCUGCUGCUGGGCUGGUUGGGAGAGGCUUUGGAAGUCAUCCGAGAUUCCCCGGAUUUGGUGCGGAGAUCCUUCCUGGUGGCCAGCGUCCUCCCGGGGCCGGACGGCGACGCCGGCUCGCCCCGGCGCAACGGCGACGUGCAGGAGGAGCUCAUCACGGCCCUGGAGGAGCAGCUGAAACUCGGGAAAAACCGGGAUUCGCCGGGAAAAUUCCCCAAGAACGACGACCCCGCCGCCGACCCCGAGAUCCUGCACCGGCUCUUCGAGGGGGAGAGCGAGACCGAGUCCUUCUAUGGCUUCGAGGAGGCAGAUCUGGAGCUGAUGGAAAUCUGAGAAUUCCCGAAAAAACGGCCGAACUCAUCCCAAAAAUUCCAGGAUGUUCCCCGGUUUUGGAGAGCCCCGAAAAUUCAAGGAUGUUCCCUGGGUUUGGUCCCAAAAAUUAAAGGAAAUUCCCUAUUUUUGGAGAUCCAAACUCGCCCCAAAAGUUCAAGGAUAUUCCCAGAUUUUGGCCCCAAAAAUUCAAGGACAUUCCCCGUUUUUGGAACAAACGGAGGCGAUCCCAAUUCCCGGCGUUUGGAAUUCCGGAGUUGCCGUUUCCGCUGAUUUUUUGGGAGGAUUUUCGUGGCUUUUUUUAAUUUCAAAACGACAGAAAAAAAAACUUUAAAAAAAACUUGGAUUCACUGUGUUGGUAUUUCCUUGGAAUUCUCUCUCGUGGGUGGAUAUUUUUUGGAAUUUUCUUUACCUCACUUGUACCAUAAUUCCUGUUUUAUCGGUGGGAAUUUGACGUCGUUUUGUGCCCUUUUUUUUUUUUUUUGGGACUUUUAACCCCAAAAAUUCCCCAUUUUUAUGGAAAGUUCCUUCGGCCUUCGGAUUGGCCGCGAAGAUUUGGUUAUUUGGGAUUUUUUUUUAAUGAAAAUUUUGGGAAUUUUGGGGGAAUUUCGAGGGAAUUUGGCCUGGGAAAGGUGAAGCCACCAUUCCAUGCCAGCAGUUUUUGGGAUUGGCGCCGCUUUUCCUGCCCCAACCUUGAUUUUCCCCAUUUUUUCCCCAAAAAAUUCCCGCUGGAGGAGCAGAAAAAGCCAAAUUUUCCUUGGAUUUCCCCUUUGGAUCGUUAAUUAUCAAUAUUUAAUUAACAACACAAACACCCCUGAAAACCCCGCCUUCCUUAGGAUCCGAAAGUCCGGGAUUUGGGAAUAAAACUGUGACAAAACCCUGGAAAAACCCCUAAAAAAAGAACAUUUUGGGUUUAUUUUUCACUGCCAGCUCCAAUUUUUUACUGGAAUUUGCAUGAUUUUUGGCAAAGGCUUUUUUUUAAUUUCAAAAAUUGUCAGAAUUCCCAAAUUCCAGAGGCACCCGGCACCUGUUUCCAUGAGAUUUGUGGAGCUUUUUGGUUUGGUUUGGAUUUUUUUUUUUGUUGUUUUUUUUUUUUUCCCUAAGGAAAGCAGGAAAAAAAUAAUUAAAAAUAAUAAAAAAAUUCAAAAUUAAUUAAAAAAAAUUAAAAAAUAUUCUGGUUCAGCUUGGAAUUGUACAGGAGUGGAAAAUGUGGAAUAAAAGCAGGGAAAUGGA